AUGGCAACUAGCCCUCGUCAUACAUUGCAUAACGCGGAUGCGGUGAUGCCGUUUGACAUGCAAAAUACGCAUCUAGAUUCCAACGUAUCAAACUCGACUUCUGGAAACUUGAAUUAUAAGCCCUACCAGAAGCGAAAAUCUCCUUUUCGAACAGUUAGUUGUUCUGAAUCUGGCGGCGGUAAUUUCAAUCAUAGGGGAGAUCAAGUCAUCGCGAAUGGUAGCAAAGAUGGAUCACCAAAAAUUACAACACAAAAACCUGUACAAUCCAUGGUGUCGCUACAAAUGGGAAAUAAUACUCAGAAUUUUCCUCCGAAACACUAUUACAGAACAUUGUAUCAACCAAAAGGUGUUUCUUGUCAUCGGACAGACGAAUUCAAAGUGCUUCGAGCAAAAAAAUCGAAUGCAAUGGAUCUAGAUGAUCAGCGUAUGGAACGACGUCUUGAUAAACUUCUUUAUAUAUAUUCGCCUGAAUUUUCUUCGUUCAAAUUAAACGAAUUUUCCUCUGAACAUUCAAGUCUAUUGCUAAGAGGUAAUCAAGUUUGGGAUAUGUUUCGUUCUAGACACGAGCAAAGAUUGCAUCGCUUGCAAGCUAUUAGGCGCCCUGCUGAGCAAAAUGUUGUAAAAUGGCAGGAAGAUGCCGAGCAACCAAACUGUUGCAUUUGUCAAACACCUUUUUCUUUGGCUGUUCGUCGACAUCACUGCAGAUUAUGUGGCCGACUAAUAUGCUCAUCACCACACCUUCCGAAUCUCUUACAGCCACAAGAAGCGGAACAAUUAAAUCUAUGGGAGCCUUGCAGUUCGUUGAUGGUGUGUGAUGCAUCUAGCAGACAAUUCCGUGAGUUUCCUGUUCGUCCUACGAUGAAUGCGUCUCCUGACCAAUGGCGCGCUUUCGAAGACGAUGAGCUAUUCUCGAUACGGUUUUGUAAAGAUUGUAAAACUAAAAUAUAUCGAAUCAUGCUCCGAAACCGAAGAAAAAGUACUUCUACACCUGAACUGUUCUAUGAGAAAUUGAUUUUGUUGGAAAGAGAAAUUCACGAAGCUCUUCCGGACUUUCAUGAAAUGAUUUUCGGGCUACAGAAAAAUGAUACAAAUAUGUCGCUCGCCUCUUCCGCGCAGGACAGUCAAGCUUUGCAAUCCAGUGCCGUUCAAGCUAGAAAAGAUCUUUUGGCUCGAUUUAUGCAGUAUGAAGAGUUGGCUCGUAAAAUAGCGUCUCUACCCCCCACGAUCGAUGGCAUCAAUUCACCCACACAAAAGCGGUUGCAACAAGCUAUCCUCGCGCGAGCCACACUUUUCCUACAAAAACACGUACGUUUCAAACAUUUCCGCAUUGCUUAUUCCCAACAGAUGUUUCCUUUGCAGAACCUGCCUUCCUCCAACCCGCACAAAUCCAAGAGCCUAGCUCGAGUUCAAACGCUAAGGAUGCCCCCCGAUAUACAAGAACAAUUGCAAGUCCUCGGCACACAAGAGAUGCUAUUGAUGGAAUACAUUGAAAGUGCUCAAAAUGCACGCAAUUUGGAUGAUGUCAAUUCGUUGCAAGCGAAUUUGAAUGAAAUUCGAUCAGAGAUCGCUAGGUUGCAUGAGGCGCAAAUCGACUCAGUUCAAACAUAA